GAGUGUCUCUGUGUAAGAAAGUGAGAAAGAAUGGGAUUUAAAGCAAUGGGUUUCUUCUUCAUUUUAUUCCCAGAUGAUGAAUCCACCAUUAUCACCAAAAACAAGCAAAAAAACAAUCUUUCUCCAUUGAAAUACAUCAACACUCUGUUUAGAGCUCAAUUUAUAAUCUCAAUUUGUGUUUUUCUCAUUUUCAUCACUUUUCUCCUCUUUACAGUUUCCACUUUUGAACCAUCUUCAAGAUUCAAACUUCAAAAUUCAAAAUCCCCAUCAUAUCAGCAACAUGCAUUGCAAGGAAUGGGUACUCUGUUCAGAAAAGGAACAAGAUCCAUGAGUGAUUUAAUUGUAGCUCAUGUCAUUGAAUCCGUCACUGUUCAAGAACUGAAAUUGUUCAUAAAACUCAUUUACAGGUCCAAAAUCAGCUCAAAAUCCGACAUUUUGUUCGUUUUCCCGAAAAAAUCCGUUCUUUUUGAAAACACCAUUGUUGAAGAAAACACCUCGUUCUUCAAACUCAUCAAUGCCUACGAAUACAACUCUACCAUUUUCGACUCGACCCAUAAUAAAGCAAAUGCAAGUGAAGAACCCAUCUGGGGUCGCAAAAAACAGAGCAAUUUCAUUGACGAAGAAGCUGAAUCAAUUCAAUUGAGUUGUGGGUCAGUUAUCGGGUUUUACGCCGAUGAACUUGACCCGGAAAAUUCAUUAUCCGGGUUUAUGGAUCAUGUUCCAAUGAAUUUAAGAAGAUGGGCUUAUUACCCAAUGUUAUUUGGUCGAAUUAAAAGAUAUUUCAAUCAUAUAAUAUUAGUGAACGUGAAAGAAAUUUUCGUACUCGGUGAUUCACCGAGUCGAAUUAAGAAUCUGAGUCAAACUCAGAUUCUUAUUUUUCGAAGAAAAAACUUCGAAAAAACUCAUAAAAAACAGGUAAGCGCUGAAAUCAUCAUGGGUGGAUUAAGAGGAAUUCGAAGAUUAUCGAAUGCAAUGUUAAUCAAAAUCAUCCAGGAAUCGAUGCAACGAAAGAAGAAGAACUCGAUUAACGAGUCAGAUCAAGUCGUUAGAAAUGAGUUCAUGAUGAAGAAUAUUGAGUUGAUUUUGAGCGAGUCAAUUAUUGAUCUGAGUUCACUAACAUCAAGUUCUUUAUUAGAAUCGAAAUUUUCUAUUAUUAGUCGUGGAAAUAGUAAUAUUGAUAUUAAUUAUGUUUUUAAGAAGUAUUUAAGUUCAUAG